UAUCGAUACUGCAAUACUGUGUUAUGUCACAAUACAUUUCUCAGCGUGUUGUAGAUAUUGUAAGUAUUUUAGUAACAAUUACAGAUCUUAUUUACACCUGUUUUAGUAUUCGAUUUUUAAAUUCAUUUGGAUAGCGACAGACAGAUUCUAAUCUGUCACCCUCUGUCUUGGUCUGGGGUUUUUUUGUCUCUGUAUAAACCACCUGUAUGUCUGAUCUACCCAUCUGUAUGUCUAAUCUGCCUGCCUGUCUCUGUCUGAUCUACCCAUCUGUAUGUCUCAUCUGCCUGCCUGUCUCUGUCUGAUCUACCCAUCUGUAUGUCUAAUCUGCCUGCUUGUCUCGGUCUGAUCUAUCCAUCUGUAUGUCUAAUCUGCCUGCCUGUCUCUGUCUGAUCUACCCAUCUGUAUGUCUAACCUGCCUGCCUGUCUCUCUCUGUCUAUUCUACCCAUCUGUAUGUCUAAUCUGCCUGCUUGUUUAUCUAAUCUACCAGUCUGUGCAUCUCUAUCUGCCUCUCUCCAUCAGUGUUUUCGCUGGUCUCUGUCUGCAUUUUGUAUGUUUGUGUAAUCUGCCUAUUCUUUACUUUGUUUAUGCAUUUUUGUCUAAUCUACUUGUCUCUCCGUCUGCCAGUCUAAUCUGCUUGUCUGCUCCACUGUGUACCUGCCUGUUUGUUCAUCAAAUCUUCCAUUCUUUUUAUCUACCUAUCGAUCCUUAUUUACAUUUAUUACAUAACUUUGGCCUGUCUUUACCCGUCUGUCUAAUCUACCGCUGUCUGUCUGUCUACUUUUAUCUGUCCUUGUUUGUCUAAUGUCAGUUCAACAAAUCUACCCUUUGUGUGUUUGUUCAUUCUAUCCUUCCAUCUGAUCUAUCUUACUGUCUACCUGUCUCUCUGCUUAACCUAAUCUGCUGGUCAGUCCAUCAUAUCUACUUUUCUGUCUGUCCCUCGGUCCAUCUACCUUUCUCUCUAUUUGUUUAGCUAUCUGUCCGUUCAUCCAUCCAUCCAUCAAUCCCAUCGGCAUUAUUUUACUCUGUGUUUCCUUUGGAUCUGAUAGUAGAGAGUCAGAUUGCGUGUGAGGUGUGAUGCUGAUGUGUCUCUCUCUCUCUCUCUCUCUCUCUCUCUCUCUCUCUCUCUCUCUCUCUCUCUCUCUCUCUCUCUCUCUCUCUCUCUCUCUCUGUGUGUGAUCGUGGACUGAUGGAGAUGAGUUUUUAAUGGGGACUAAAUUUAGAAAGUGAGCUUUUCGGCAGCCAUUUCAGCUUUCAACAACUCUGCAACAGAUGGUGUGCACACACACUCACACACACACACACACACACACACACACACACACACACACACACAAAGUGCCAUGCAGAGUAUCUGGACUUGAGGAGACCCCGCUGCACCUCUGUGGGAGGUCAUGGUUCGUUGGUGCUUGGACCCCUUGCUGCUUCUCCAGCACAGAGAGAUUUCUCCUCCCAGCGAGCAGAUUGUGGUUUCCAAAGCAUCCCGUCCUGUCAGCUGUUGGCUGUGCUCCAGAUCUGGGACAGAACAGGAACUCGGGGAAGUGAUCAGCAGAUGCAACCACGUCAAGAUCUGCGCAGACGUCGUCAUCCAUCACACGUGUGCGUCAGACACAGUGGAGGACCGGCUCUCGACCCGCGGCUCAUACUUCACUGCCACCCGAGAGGAGUUCCCAUCUGUGCCCUUUCCCUCCGCCGACUUCAACGAUGACGAAUGCACCAGCGGCGGCGGAAAUAUUGAGAAUUACCGUGACAUUUAUCAGCUAUAAUUUCAGCAACAAUGACAAAUCGCCGGUCGGGAAUGUCAUCGGACAGAGGCGUAAAUAGGUUUGCUUCACCGUAUGAACGUUUCCGCAGGUGUGAAACCGCCGGCUGGUCGCUCUCCGUGACCCAGCGCUGAAGAAAUGGAACGUUCGUUGGAGAGUCAAGGCUACAUGACCUGGCUAAUGGAUAUGGGCGUGGCUUGGGUGUCCACGUACACACCUGUGAGCACAUGUGGCCCAAGAGACUCCAUAACAUCAACACAGAGUGGUUUCCUGAGCACUCCAGGAUUCUUACCGUUAGCAUUAAUGUUGUUGUAAACAGCUAACAAUUAUAUAAUAACAAACCAGUUAAAGCACACACUCCGGAAACGAUAAUAAUUGUUGAAUUAAAUGGUGAGAUUUUAGACACGACGUUUUAUUGGGAAUUUUCUGGAUAUUGUAACCUUUAACAUAUCAUGAAUAAAUGAUUCCGCAUCCAAUUUCACUACAUUCCGCUCUGUUAACAAAUUUCCGACUACCAUCAUGGAAAGCUUGGAAUUUUUAUAUAUAUAUUUUUUUGGACACUCGGAAAUAUUUUUCUUGUAGCAACCAGUAAAUAUCUAUGAACUUAAAAAAAAAAAAAAGAUUUACCACUUACUGUCUGUGUGGAGUUUCUGUGCAUGUUCUCACCAUGUCCUUCUGGAUUCUCUCAGGGUGUCGCCACAAAUACACCAAAAAUAAGCAAAAGUUUUGGCACCCUGGCCAAUUAAUAUAUUUUGUUGAUUUUUAAAUGUAUUUUCUGCUCAGUUGUUUUUUUCUUUGGUGGUGAUGGUGAAGGUGGUUGCGAUGAUGAUGGUGUUGAUGGCUGAGAUGGUGGUGAUGAUUAUGGUGAUGAUGAUGGAGGUGCAGGUGGUCAUGAUUCUGGUGGUGAUGAUAAUGAUGGUGAUGAUGAUGGUGGUGAUGAUGGAGGUGCAGGUGGUUGUGAUGAUUGUGGUGAUGAUGGAGGUGUAGGUGGUCAUGAUUCUGGUGGUGAUGAUAAUGAUGGUGAUGAUGGAGGUGCAGGUGGUCGUAAUGAUUCAGGUGGUGAUGACGUUGGUGGUGAUGAUGAUGGU